AUGCCUUCAGAUAUACUUCUAAGUGGGAACCAGACAAAAGAAUUAGAUGGCAAGAUACGAACACUCAAAAUAACAGAUAAGAAUGAAACACAUCCUGCUUCCCAUACGCCACGCAAACCUCUUGGAACCAGCAUUUUACAGAAUACUUUCCCUGUGGAUGAUGUCAAAAGUUCCAAAGAGUCAGUAAAGUCGACAGCAGCAGUGAAAGUACUUCAAGAAGAGCCAUUACUGAAAGAAAACCCUGGCCGAUUUGUUAUUUUCCCCAUCCAGUACCAUGACAUCUGGCAGAUGUACAAAAAGGCAGAAGCCUCUUUCUGGACAGCGGAAGAAGUGGAUUUGUCCAAAGAUUUUGAUCACUGGGAAAAGCUAAAGCCAGAAGAGAAGCAUUUUAUCUCUCACGUCCUUGCAUUUUUUGCUGCUAGUGAUGGAAUUGUGAAUGAGAAUUUGGUUGAAAGGUUCAGUAAGGAGGUUCAGGUCACAGAAGCUAGAUGCUUCUACGGAUUUCAGAUUGCCAUGGAAAAUGUCCAUAGUGAGAUGUACAGUUUGCUCAUCGACACUUACAUCAAGGACAAAGUUGAGAGAGAGUUCCUGUUCAAUGCCAUUGAGACACUACCCUGUGUGACCAAGAAAGCUGAUUGGGCCAUGAAAUGGAUUGGUGACCAAGACGCACCCUUUAGUGAACGAGUGAUCGCUUUUGCUGCAGUGGAAGGUAUCUUUUUCUCCGGAUCAUUUGCUGCCAUUUUCUGGUUGAAGAAGAGAGGUAUCAUGCCAGGACUUACCUUCAGCAAUGAGCUGAUCAGUCGAGAUGAGGGUCUGCACUGCGAUUUUGCCUGUCUGAUGUUCAAGCACCUUUUGAACAAGCCAUCACACGAGCGCGUGUACAAUAUUAUAAGAGACGCUGUCAUGAUUGAGCAGGAGUUUCUCACAGAUGCUCUCCCUUGUAAUCUAAUUGGCAUGAACUGUGACCUGAUGAAGAUCUACAUUGAGUUUGUGGCGGACAGGCUUCUUGUUGAACUUGGAUGUGAAAAGAUUUACCAUGCUGAAAACCCCUUUGACUUCAUGGAGCACAUAUCCUUGGAAGGAAAAACCAACUUCUUCGAGAAAAAGGUCGGGGAAUAUCAAAAGAUGGGGGUCAUGAAUAAGACAUCAGUGAAUCAUCAGUUUUCCCUCGAGGAAGACUUUUAA